AUGAAAAGCGCUCACACCUUGGCUGGACUCCUGCUCCUCAUCAUCAUCCAAAGCAGCUGGCAGGUGCCUGACCAGGAUACAGAUCGAAACUCCAUGCUAUUGACUGACAACUCCAUGCUGACCGAACCUUUUGAGCUCCCAAAUAUGAAGAGACAUUCAGAGGGAACGUUUUCCAACGACUACAGUAAAUACCUGGAGACAAGAAGAGCACAAGACUUUGUCCAGUGGCUAAAGAACUCAAAAAGAAACGGGAGUCUAUUUAGACGCCAUGCAGACGGCACCUACACCAGCGACGUGAGCUCCUACCUGCAGGACCAGGCAGCCAAGGAGUUUGUGUCCUGGCUGAAGACUGGCCGAGGCAGAAGAGAGUAA